AUGGGUUUCAUCCAAUUAACACAAAAUUACAUUGCUAUCCAACAUUACCCAUUUUUUCAAUGGCAAUUGUUGGAGAUUGAAGGAGUUGACUCAGACAAUUUUCAGCCUGUUGAUAAAGACGAGAAAAUAGUUAUUGAUCUGCUAAAGCAACUUUUAGAUAUUGGCAUGUACAUCAACAAGACUCCAAAGCACUAUGUUAAACAAGCAUUUGAAACUCUUUUUGUGAAAAAUACUGAAUUCAUACCAUCUCAAGGGGUGAUAAAUUACCUACUGAAUGAAGAGAUAGACUGCAUUUCAACUGUAGACGAAAUGUUGAGACAGCUGGACACACCUUACGACACCACCAUACCUUCUGAUUAUGUUUGGCCUUUACCAAACAACACACAACUUUACAACUACCUGUUCCAAUAG